UCAUCAUAAUUAUGGAGAUUUUAUUUUCUUUAUUCUUUUCCUAUUUUAGAGAUUUUUAGACUGCAGAUAUAGAUGAUGUAUUAUGAAUGAAAUAGGUUGAGUUUUCUCUUCCUAAAUAACAUGGUAUCAGAGCUGUUUUGGCAAAUCUGUUUCCUUUAAAACAGACUUCUUAGUUUCUAGUUAUGUUCCACACGUCGACCGUCUGUCGAAGAUUCACUCCGAUCUUCUCUUCGUCUUCACGCCGGAAGGUUUCAACAAGAUAGUUUGGUAUUCUUGUUGGGUUUUGUUAUUGGGUUCUCAAGAUGGCAGAGUCUGUGCCAGAGAAAAAAUCAAUGGUAGUGGCUGAUGUGAUUCCUGUGAUGACAAAGAUUACAAAACAUAAACUUGAUGGUUCCAAUUAUUUGGAUUGGAGCAAGACAGUUCGGCUCUAUUUCAGAAGCAUUGAUAAGGAUGAUCAUAUUACUAAUGAUCCUCCUACUGAUAAUACAAGGCAAACCUGGAUGAGGGAAGAUGCACGGCUGUUCCUGCAGAUUCGAAAUUUCAUUAAUAGUGAGAUUAUUAACCUGAUUAAUUAUUGUAAGUUUGUUAAAGAGUUGAUGGAUUAUUUAGAUUUUUUAUAUUUUGAUAAAGGGAAUAUCUCUCGUAUUUAUGAGGUAUGUAAAGCUUUUUAUCGUGCAAAGAAACAAGAUAGGUCUCUCACAGCCUAUUUCAUGGAUUUUAAAAGAAUUUAUGAGGAGCUGAAUGUUUUAUUACCUUUUAGUCCUGAUGUGAAGGUUCAGCAGGCUCAUUGGGAGCAAAUGGUGGUUAUGAGUUUUAUUGCGGGUCUCCCUCCAGAGCUUGAGACUGUCACAUCUCAAAUUCUUUCUGAUUCCGAGAUCUCCUCUCUGCAUGACACCUUUACGAGAGUACUUCGUACAGAAAGCUCUAGCUUCACAUUGGCUUAGACUAAUAAUAGUGCUCUUGUAAAUCGUCAGAAUAAUA